AACCAGUACACCUACAACAUGUCUGGCUGGGACGACUACAUUAAGCUUCUGUUCGGAAAGAGCCCAGCCAUCAAGAGAGCCGCUAUCAUCGGAUCCGACGGGUCGGUUUGGGCUAGAAGUGGGGAUGCCAACGCUUUCCGGGCUACUGAGGUAGAGCUCAAACGUUUUGCUGCUCUGUUCAACGACAUCAAUUCGGUGCCUGGAACCGGCGCUGAUUUGGAAGAAAUUCACUACAUUGUUCCCCGCGUCGAGGAGAAGCUCAUCUUUGGAAAGAAGGAGCAAACCGGAUUUUUCGCUGCCAAGACAAACCAAGCUAUUGUGAUUGCAAUGUACGAGGGAGACAACGCUCAAUCGGCUUCAGUCCGUGCCGGCGUCGAAUACAUUGCCCAGUACCUGGCCAGCUCUGGUUAUUAGAUACCUAAGAUUUGGAAGCAGUACGGUACCAGUUGCAACUCGAUUCCCUUAUGCUGCGCUAUUCUCGUUUUUGUCUAUGUGUGCGUGUUUCGCAAUUCUUCAUGUUCUAUUCGGUCAAAUUAAUUAACAAUUCAUUGCUUGCUAUAUUUUACUCUCGUUCCUUACUAUUUGCUCUCUCAAAUUUUCUUUUAUUAAAAUAUUCUUUUCACUCACUUCAUUUUUCAAUUUUCGAGGUUUCGGUAAGUCAUUCCGAAUUGAUUCCAAUUUCCCCACCCCCAUCCCAUUCAUCCCAUUCUUUUCUUAAGUGAUUCUUUGAACACGGAUUUUUCCUUUUUUUAUUUUAUAAAUCGAUUUUCGUUG